GAAGUAUUAUCGAGUGCAUGAGUAUCUCUGGGAGAAAGAGGUGUUCUACGAUAACGACCGCUCGUGGUUGUGAUACCUUAGUGAAACGUAUAGGAAUAUUAUGAUAAAAGAAAUAUCGAUUCUACGAGGACUUGCAGUAGUAACUCGUAGUGUUCGGAGAUACGCAGAAAUCUCUUUUCGUGAGUUCUCCUCGCCCUUCGUUGCGGACCCCAUACCGAGGCACACGGGUUCUUAAGUUCUACUCCCCGUGGAUCAAGCGCAUAAUUCACUCUCCAUUUUGGCCGAAGUAGUCUCACGUGCCACUCUCGGCGAGCUCGAAAAUCUUUUCGUGCGAAACACAAAUGCUACACGGACUCCUUGCUGUUACAACGUGUGAUAAACAUUGAGUUGUGACACGUGAUAGCGUGGAACGGCGCAGCUGCCGCACGACGAUGGCAGCGUACAAAUUGUCAGGAAGAACACGUUCGGAUUCCUCGGUGAAAUAAGCAACCGCGGAUAUCGCAAGUGGUAAAGCCGCUUAUUCGGGCCGGCGGACUUGCUCUCAGACUUCCAGGACUCUCUCACGGCGCUACCAUGGUAAAAUGAAACUUUUGUCGCACCUGUUGCACGACAGGUGUAUUUUUGACGGAUGCGCGCGCUCUCGACCGGCAUGUGAUACCCGCUCCUGCGACUCGUGCCGUCCUAUCGCGACAAUUUCACGGUCCUGUCCGACGAAAGGGUGCUUCUAAUUUCGCGCGUGUCGUCCCCGACUUGCUAAUCUUGUUCCUAAGUUUGGAUCGCGCGAAACGGUGCCGCCGGGUCAUCAGUCUCGCUCGGAAGAACGCGAUCUAUCGCGGGUUACGGACGAGGUGCGAGCCGCGCGACAAACGCAUGGCGGCUGAGCGAACGAGUUCCAACAUGGGUCUACGUGCGCGAUGAAACGGGGAAAUUUAUCGCGAAUUGUAAGAGGUGCUGAAGCGAGAGAGAAAGUGAGCGAGAGAGCGGCAAGAUGACGGACCUGCUCAAUAUAAGCGAGAUACAGAAUAUCUGCCUGCUACCGGAAGACUCGGACGUACUGGAGGAUCCCCGAACGCCAACUUUGAGAAGGGUCAGUUACGGUAUCGUAUUGCCGGCCAUUUGUUGCCUCGGCAUCAUCGGAAAUAUCUUGAAUCUCGUCGUCCUCACGAGAAGAAAUAUGCGCGGCACUGCUUACAUCUACAUGAGAGGUUACUCCGCGGCGGCGCUCCUCGCGAUCCUUUUCUGCAUCCCCUUCGCGCUGAGGGUGCUCAUCCAUAAGGAGACCGGGGGAUGGAGCAGCUGGCUCCAGGCCUUCUAUCACGCUCAUCUCGAGCUCUUCCUAGGGAACGGCUGCCUGGGGGUUGGAGUAAUGAUGCUUCUGGCAUUGACAGUGGAGCGUUACGUAAGCGUCUGUCAUCCCGGACAGCACACGCGACCACUCUGCGGACCACCUCACCUAACAGUGGUGCUCAUCCCUUUGGCUACAUUUCUCGUUUAUCUGCCGAGUGUAUUUCGAGGUGAAAUUACGACCUGCCUGCUGGCGCCCGGCGGUCCCCUAAUCUACCAGAGGAGAGACAAUCAGUCGUUUCUCAACUCGUGGUACUAUCAGGUGUACAAGGUGGUGCUGGAAGUUGUUUUUAAAGUGGCGCCGACAAUCCUGCUCGCCGGAUUCAAUCUGAGAAUAAUGAUAGUGUACAGAAGGUCCUGCGAGCGACGCCGGAGAAUGACCUUAUCGAGAACCGUCAGCAGCGACGAGGAUCCCAGAACUUUCGCCGAGGAACGGAGGCUCAUCCUGCUCCUAGGUAGCACCAGCAUCCUCUUCCUAGUCUGCGUCAGUCCUAUGGUUAUCUUAAACGUCACACUCAGCGAGAGCAAUCUCAAUCAUUAUCCUUACCAGGUGUUCCGAGCGCUGGCCAAUCUGCUGGAGGUGAUCAAUUACUCGAUCACGUUUUACAUUUAUUGCCUCUUUUCCGAAGACUUUCGCAACACUCUAAUUCGUACCCUGCAGUGGCCGUGGGUCAAGAGCGACCAGGGCGGUAGGAGCCUGCCCAUGAAACGGUCCCCGAUACCGAGACCGACGACAACGACGACGACCCCGCCGACCACCACAGUCGCGACCCCCGGACAUCUGGCUCGUGCCAGCGUUUAACACGGAUUUUUUGCCAUCGAUCCUGGCGUCAACCGCUCGGUCGCCAAGCGGUGGAAUAAAAAAGGGACUCGAGUCCGGCGCGCUGUAAAUGUCGGAACAGUUUCGGUGUAGCGGCGAAAAAAUCUGUAAAAUAGCCGGGUAUGCGAAGGCUACAUGAGCGCGCCGAGCGUGCACGGUUGCGCGGGACAUGUUUCCUCGCGUGCGUGUAGGAGUACAAUGGUGAUAGUAGGCUAACGAAAAUUUCCCCCGGCGAGUAAACAGCCGUCGUCUUUUUCGACGGACGAAAUAGUCAAUCGGCGAAAAGGCAUCGAUUUUGUACGCCGGGCGCUUCCCACGUAAUCUUCUGAUUCUUACGAGACAACCUACGAGGAAGUAUUCCAACUAUGUUAUACCUUCCCUGUACGCCGGUGAACUCCGGAAAUAGUUGCAGAGUAACGGAACGGCCACAUCCACGAAACACAUUCCUGCGUACUAAUGCGGCUUAAAGCCGGGCGUGUCUACACGGUCGCCGCUGUUAAAUUUCAACGUUUGACCAUUCCGGGGGUUAAAUUGACCGACCUGAUUAAAUAGCCGAUAUCCGAUUAUCUAUCUCUCUGUCGGACGACACGCCUGUGCGGCGAUCGCCCACGAGAGCGGCCGUGUGUGCACGCUGAAACGCUCGACCUCGCGAAACAACGACGAAAGUAUAUAAAGACAGAAAAUUCAGUGUAAGCCGGCUGCCCCAUAGGACUCUUUCUAAAGUAUAAGCUGGAGAAGUUUCUGACGUCGCCGAGCAAGUUUGCGCGAAAGCGGGGGCUCUGCGAAGAGCAGAGAGAAUGGGAAAGAGAGGAGAGUACGAGUGGAAAGGAAAUAAGAGUCGCCGCAAUGCGUCCGUGUGCAUUGCGACGCGAAGAAUUUAUCAGAAUUCGCGUCGGGGACGCGGCGACAAGACUUGUGCAUCGAGUCGCGAGCGAUCGCCGUCGCCCCGUUGGAAAUUAAACGAGAGAGCGUGAAGGAGAAAAAGAAGGCGGACGAGAAGAGGAGGGGGAAAAAAAAUCCGAAAUGUGUCAAGUACCUGAUCAUACAAGGGAAUCUUUCCCAUGGGAAUAGACGAGGCAAAAUCGAGGUGAAGGAGAACCGCGUUAAUUCCGGGACCGCCGGAAACGGAAGGCAGGGCGCGCGCAAAGACGCCGCCGCGGCUUCUCACCGGACAGUUAAAAUAACGAAUAAUGUCGAGAAACAUUUCAUCGCCGCGCGAUGAAUCAUCGUGAUUUAUUUCCGUGUGAGUGCUAUAUAAUUAAACGCCACCGAGCGCCAGUGUGAGAAUUACCGUCUCGUCUUCAUUGUGUUAUCGGCAUUAAUCUUUUACACCGCGAUAUAUCUUCGACGUCGAUAAGCUACGUUCGAUUAGACCUAAGCAAUUUAUGUACGGCGCUCGGUAACGCUUCCCCCGUUACCCCCGGGGAACGUGAAUUGAAUUUCACAACGAGGAGGUGCGCGCGUUGAAAGAGCGAAAAAGCGUAUCGCGAUACGGGCGAGCUCGCGCGAGCCCCGCUGGCAUCGCCUUUCGGCGAAAGGACCGCUGCCGGCUACGAUAAUAAUAUUCCAUCGAACUCUCUCCGAAAUAAACCGCUGCCUCCUGGUUGCAUCGCGUUUCGAAAAUAGAUGCUGCACUCCAGAGAGAUAUUCUCUCCUCCGGGGAAUCGAUAAUUAAAUUCGUCGCGCAACGGAUCCGUCCGCGUUCGUGGUUCGAUGGUAAUAUUAUUUCGCUUAUUUGCAUACGUAAAUUGCAACAAAGAAUAUCGCGCCCCGCCCGGACGCGACGUCUCGUUUUCGGCCAACCUUGGCGUAGGUGCGCGUCAACGAAGAAAUAAAUUCGGAGAAAAACGUCUGUUCUGUUUUCAGAAUUUCUGCGCCCUCCCAAUCCUCGGUUGUGCAAACGGAACGUGAAAGCUGUGGAGUACGCACCCUCAGUGAUGACUUCUGUUACCGAGACAAACAAUAUUCUUGGCGCAUUUAUAUUUCUCACGAACCUUAUUUAGCAUAAAAA